AUGAAAAUCGCGACAGAAAAUAUGUUUAUGCAAAUUCUACUCUUAUUGGUAUCGUUUUUGUUUUUUCAAUUAAACUCAUCAGUAUUGGUAAAUGGGUCGACUAUCAAUUCAAGAAAGCCGGAGAAAACCAUUAAUAUAAAAGAAACAAACGAAAAUUUUUAUUUUGAAGCUUUUAAUGAUGAAAAAUUCACUAAACCAUUAUUAUCAGACAAAAAGUUUAGGUUUAUUAAAUUGAAAAAUGAAUUAGAGGUUUUUUUAAUUUCCCAAAACAAUACAAAAAAUGCUUUUGCUAGAAUGGGCGUCAAGGUGGGAGAUUAUAUGGGUCCGUAUUCUCUCCCUGGUCUGGCUCAUUACUUGGAGCAUUUAUUAUUUAUUAACACAAAAAAGUAUCCAGAAUUAGAUGGAUUUAUGAAAUUUUUAGCUUUACACAAAGGCUAUACAAACGCUUAUACUGCAGAAACUGAAACUGUAUACUUAUUUAAUACUGAAUCUUCUUCUUUUGAAGAGGCCCUUUCGAGGUUUUGCGAAUUUUUCAAGUCACCCUUAUUUGACGAUACGUAUACCGAAAAAGAGCUUAUGGCAGUUGAAAAUGAAUUCAACUAUCGUAAAAACUUACAAGAAAUACGUUCAUACCAAGUGUUGUUGGAGCUUGUAGAUGAAAGAAGUAUUCUAUUCAAAAGGUUUGCAAUUGGAAACUUGGAAACUUUGAGAACAAUUCCAGAGUCCCAGGGGAUUAACGUUAGAGAUGAAGUGAUUAAAUUUUACGAAAGAGAAUACAGUUCUAACAGAAUGGUAUUAGUUUUGGCAAGCAAUCAUAAUUUAGAUGAAUUAAGUUAUUUUGCUAAUAAAUACUUUUCAGAUAUUGAAAAUAAGAAUCUGCCGGUGAAUUCAGUUAAAAUCCCAAUUCAAGAAAAUUUAAAUCCAUUCAAUACAAUGAUAAACAAAUUGGUACUUAUAGAAUCUAUAGAUGAAUUUACGAAUUUGAAAUUGAUAUUUCCAAUGAAGGAGUAUAUGAUUCAGCAUAUAUAUAAAGACAGACUUUUGUAUCUUGAUAAGUUAGUUACUUCUGACAGAAUUGGAAGCCUUGGUCAUUUUUUAAAGUCUAAAAAAUUAAUAUUUGCUGUAGUUUCAGCGAUAAAUGAUGAUAAUUUGGGAUUUACAAACGUAGAAAUUACUUUUUCUCUCUCUAAUAGUGGAGAAAAAAAUAUACCAUUCAUUUUAAAAUCAUUUUUCUCUGUGUUAAAAUUUGCAACUAUUAAUAAAUUUUCUAAGGAGAUUUACGACGAAAAGAAAAAGAUGCUUAAUAAUUUUUUCAAAUAUGGAGAUUUAUCAUCAAUUGAUGUAGAAAGUGAAACCGUUCUUAAUAAUUAUUUAUAUUAUGACUGCAAACCAGAACAUGUUCUUUAUUGUCACAUGUAUCUUGAAAAAUUUGACCCAACUGUCUAUCAAGAAAUAUUUUCCCAAUUGAUUCCUGAAAAUCUAAUAGUAGUUUUGGAGUACUCUGACAUACAAGAUCUCAUCAAUAACACAGAUCAAUCCAAACUUAAUCAUUUUUGUAACUCAGAUUUUUCUAUAGAAAUUGAAAAUGUUGAUUACAGCGAUUCAAACCAUGGUCUUGAAACAUUAAUUAAUUCUAGCAUAUCAUUGGAUGAUAUUAGAGUUGAAAGAUUUAUUAAAAACAAAUAUUUAACAAAGCCAUUGAAUUCUUGCUUAUUAUCAUUACUAUCUAAUUCUAAUCAUACUUUUGCAUCUGAAAAGUGUGGUAUUACUUUACCUACAUUAAACCCUUAUCUUCCAAAUGAUUUCUCAAGCAAUUUUGAUGGCGUUAAUGAAGAGAAAGUGCCAAUUAGACUUUCUGAAGCAAUUCAAAAAUUCCAAACUAACAACAAAUCUUUUAAUAUCACUCAGAAAGAACUUCAAAAUUAUAGUGGGUUUUUUUAUUUUCCAACUAAGAAUAUCAAUUCUUUAAAAUCAAUUAUUCAAUUUAGAUUCAUUUUUCCACUAGAUAAAGUUUCUAGUGAAUUUUUAGAGUUUUCACCAGACACAGUUGGAAUCUAUUUGCUUUUCCAAUUAUUCUCACUUUUAUUCAAAAAUGAAUUUUCAGAGCGUUUUCACGAUAUUGAAUCUGCUUUAUAUGAUGCUUCAAUUGAUAUUUCAAUAUUCGUAUUCAACCCUAACAAAGCAAACCAAUUAAUGUUCAGAUUAGCUGGGUUUACAGAUCGAAUCGAAGAGAUUGCUUUUAAUUUACAAGUUUUUAUGUCGAAUUUUCUCACUUAUAUCACCGAUUCUGGCUUUCAAUUAAAAAAGGAGAUUCUCAGAACUACUAUUAAAAACACAAUUUCAAAUCCAGAACUUAUCGAUGAUAUUUCGUACAUAAACAAUAAAAUAUUCUUGAAUCAGGAUUACUCUUACGAAACUCUUCUUUCUCGUCUGGAAAUGAUAAACUUUUCUGAGUUUAUCUAUUUUUCAAAAUUCUUUUUGAAAAAUUGCAAAUUAGAGGGAUUUUUACUUGGAAACUUAAAUCCAAUGCAAUCUUUAAAAAUAAUCAAUAAGUUUUCAUCUGUGUUUUUACUUAAAAACGGUAAUUCAAAAAGUAAUUCAGAAAAUUCUUUUAUUUCAUCAGUGAUUUAUGGAGCAAAAAAUUCCAAAAAAUAUCUUGACUCUAUCUAUGCUUUCCUUUCUAACGUUUUUGCCGGAAAAACUGAAACUGAAGAUCAAGGCUACUUUGAAUUACCAGAGCAUUUAAGAUCUUCCUUACCUUUAUUUGGCUCUCCAAACUCAAUUGAAAAACUCCAAACAUUAGAUCCCCUCUCUCUUAAAAGAGGUUCUAAGUUUUAUUAUUACCAUGUCUCAAAAUCAAAAAGCAACAUAAAUAAUUCAAUAUUCAUGAAAGUUAUAAUUGGGUACAAUUACCUUAAGAACCAUAUUCUUACAAGCAUUCUAAACUCAAUGAUUUCAGAUGAAUUCUUUACUGAAAUUCGUACAAAAAGGCAACUAGGAUAUGUUGUAAAUGUAAAAAAAAAAGAUAUUUUAAGUCAGGAAUCUGAAAUUGACUUUCUUGUUAUUUCCUCCAACAAAAAUAUACAAAUUUUGUCAGAAAAUGUACUUGAAUUUUGGGAUGAGUGGUUUUCUCCAGAAUCAACUGGUAUCACAGAGACCUCAUUUAAUACUGUUAGAAAAUCAAUGAUUGAAACUCUUAAGACCCCAUUAAUAAAUAUGAUGGCUGUUUUUUCCGAGUUUUCAUUCACAAUUGAAACUAAAGCAUACGACUUUAACUGGAGAAAUAAAGCUAUUGAUUAUGCUGAAAAACUCACAUAUAGCGAAUUCUUCAAUUGGUUUAAAAAUAUUUACAACAAUUCAAACAUAUUUUUGUAUGCUAUUCAAUCAUCUAAUUACGAUAAUGAUAUUCUUAAUAACCUAUCCAACUACGUUCCCCAAAACUUCACCAAGCUCACUCCAUCUGACUCAUUGUUUAAUCAUACAAAUAUCAGAACAUAUAACCAAUGGAAAAUUUUUAAUGCAGUCUAA